CCGUCAUACCUAGCGUGGCCAACGGCUCUCUUCACCGACUGCUCUCAUUGAAUUACCGUCUUCAGCCUUUUCAGCUCGAUUUAGGGAAAUAAUUUGGAGCAAACCAGGUCGGAGCAGCUCACUGAACACCUGUUAUCUGACACACACUUCCCCGGCCUUCUGUUCGUCUGACUGCGGCGGUGGGGCGUGCUUUCCUGGGCUCGCUGGCUGGGUUUGGUCGGGGAGGCAGGGGGAAGUACGGAGCUGGUCCCGAGUGAUGAUGGAGCUAGAGUCGGCCAGUACAAGAGGCGAGCUGGGAGCUGUGGGUGACUCGCUGCAGCCACAGACUCCCAGCAGGCACGAAAAGAGCCUGGGACUGCUCACGACCAAGUUUGUGACUUUACUACAGGAGGCGAAGGACGGAGUGCUGGAUCUGAAAGCGGCUGCAGACACCUUGGCAGUGCGGCAGAAACGACGCAUCUACGAUAUCACAAAUGUGUUGGAGGGAAUUGGGCUGAUAGAGAAGAAGUCCAAGAACAGCAUCCAGUGGAAGGGUGUUGGUCCAGGAUGUAACACCAGAGAGAUAGCUGAUAAGCUAAUUGAUCUCAAGGCCGAGCUAGAUGACCUGGCGCUCAGGGAAAACGAGCUGGAUCAGCAGAGAGUGUGGGUCCAACAAAGCAUCAAGAAUGUCACAGACGACUCCAACAACAGCCCUAUGGCAUAUGUGAAACAUGAGGACCUCUGUGGAGCUUUCAAAGGUGACACACUGCUAGCAAUCCGUGCCCCCAUUGGCACACAACUAGAGGUCCCCAUACCAGAAGCUGUAAGUUAUGUCCUCAACGGACAAAGAAAAUACCAGAUCCGUCUCAAGAGUUCAUCUGGUCCCAUUGAGGUUUUGCUGGUCAAUAAGGACCCGUCCAGUGCCUCUCCUGUGGUUUUGCCCGUCCCUCCUCCAGAUGACAUCCUUCAAAACCUCCCAGCGCCGACACCUACCUCUCAGCCGCCCACUGCUGCCUCCCAGGUCCCCAAAGCAGCUCCAGCAACGCCUACAAAACCCGCUACUGCCACGGCAUCAGCCACAGCAGCCAACCAGACAGCCUCAGUGACAGAAGUGACGAGCACCACACCACUCACCCCAUCAACAGAUACGCCUGCUGCAGUUACCCAGCAACUACAGUCCUCUGCCUCGUUGGAUGGAUCUGCGUCCUCCUCUGUCUCUGCCGUAUUUGAACCAAUUAAGUCGGAUCCCUCUGAAUUGCUGGACUUUCCCAAAGAGCUCUCUGAAAUGUUUGAUCCAACAAAAGAGAUCAUGAGUGGAGACCUUUUGGAGGACUUGAUGUCAUCAGAAGUGUUCUCGCCUCUCCUCCGUCUGUCCCCUCCACCCAGCGACCACGACUACAUAUACAACCUGGAUGAGACAGAAGGCCUUUGUGACCUCUUUGACGUCCCCAUUCUCAACCUCUGACCCCUGAGAUUGAUGUCAGAGUGGCAAACAGUUUCCCAAACAUGCUGAUCUACCUUCAUUUUCUCCAAGUUGUCCCCCUCACUGACAGUGAAGGUGAGAAGAGGUGCAGGAAAGCUGAAAUGAUCUGACGAGCGUUCAAGGACACCUCUGCACUGACACGGUGAGCUCAAGCCGAGCUCGGUCAGACAGUAGCUCAGUGUACAGCCUCGUGAAGAAAUACAGGCGAGAACAAAACAUUUUACUCACUGCUUUUCCAAGAAGUCAAAACAAAUGACAAAUAAUUAUAUUUUUAGACUGUCGUGUAUGAUAAAGCGUUAUGUAUGUGUAUCAGCUUUCCUGUGUGUUUGUGAACGAACGUGAGUCGGCAGACUUUAGUGUGCCUGUGUGUCUGUGUGUGUGUGUGUGCUUGAGUUUUGUACUGAACACUCUCUUAACUUGGGUCUGAUGUCUCCAGGAGAUAAGAGAAAUCCUUUUUUCCUAUCAGGUAAAGAGUCAUGGCAGACUAACAGAGCACAGCCUUUGUCACCUGGUAGCUGGCCACGCAUGGCUUGAACGCGUCCAAACACAGCUGGUUAAAUAUUAUGCACUGUCCUCAAUGUACAUAGAGAAUAUAUAUUUUGUAUUACCAGCACACAAGACUAUUGUGUAAUAAUGAACUACAUUUUUAACACAGGCAGGGCAACAGCCUCGCAGAUAAACAAAGGAUCCAGACUCAGAUGAUCAUAUUUGGUGUAUGACGUGCUUUGUUUUAAAUAAUGGGAAUUUGUCUUAAUCAAACCUUCAAGUGUUGGAAGUGUUUUUGUGAACCAGUCAGAGAAAGAGGAUCUAAAUGUGGAAACACUGAAGCCAAUAAACUUUUUGACAUAAAGAGACAAAGACCAAACAAUGCAGGGGUAGGUUAGCGGGGGGAUUUUUAGAACUUUUUACGUGAACACUUUUUAGGUCAACAAAGAGCUUUAUUAAAUAAAACGUCUCCUCUAACUGGUUUAGUACUGGCACUUCAGCACUGAGAGGUAUGAUGUGAAAAAAUAGAUUUGCUUUCAGUUUCAUUUUGCCUCUGGACUUUAAAACUUUGCAGAUUUUCAUUGGCUCUGAUUAAUAUAUAACUUUACAGGAGUAUGUCAGAGGAAUAGCACCCCCCCCCCCCCAAAAUGAGUACUGUGGCAAUUGUCUUUCACAUGUUAUGUAUGUAUAUGAAUACCAUUGUACUCAGUUCAUUUGUAUGUAAAAGGACAUGUAUGUAUUUUUACUGAUGCAGUGAAUAUAGUCACCACGUCAUGAAAAAACGCUCCUGUUUUUGCUUGUUUUUGUAUAUUUGGCACAGAUUCCUCAUCAGUAGUUUGAUUCCAAUGUUCUUUUUUUCUUGUACAUGAAAUACUGCCUGUCACUCUAAUUCUAACGUCGCAACUCUAAUCAUUUUCUUUGUGCAGGGGACAGUUGAGCAGCAGCUCAGGAUUUUACUAGCCCGACUUUAAACACAAAAAUGCCGUUAUUCAUUUUUCUACAGUGCUUCUUCUAUUUGUGUGAUAAUGUCCUGUUUUGCCCUGGAUGACGUGUAUGUAUGUAUGUACAGUAUGUACUGUUUAUAUCCCUCUCUACCGCUUGUAUAGAAUAGCAUUUAUUUUUUAUACCUGAUAGAUAUAUUGUUACUGCUACUAAUUUGGGCCUACAUUUCAUUGUUUUUUGGGAAUUCGUCAUAAAACUUUCCGCUCUGUCAAAGUAUCCUGUCUCAUUGUUGCACUUUACAUCACUGUGGACAGAUUGGCUGCUGCUCAUCCACUCCUGAUCAGUCGCCAGUCUUUGUGUUUGGACAGUGUUGUGAGUUUGCUUAAUUCUCCAAUAGAGCAGCCAGGGGAGUUCAACAGUACUGGCCUGAAUGAGUUGUGUCUGUGUGUGAUGGCUUGUGAGACUCAAACCUACAGACUGUUUUUAACAGGCUCACUAUUGCUAAGCUGUAGUUGCAUCAAAUGAAACAAAAUAAAAGCAUUGGUAUUCUUUG